CGGGCUGGAGCCGCGGCAGAGCGCAGCUGAAGGAAGCUGAUUGCCGCGGGUGCCAAGCGGCUGCGAACAAUACACACAGGCACCCGCACGGGCGGACACACGGCCGCACACACCGGCGCGCACACGGGCGGCCACGGCCGGGGACACGCACACAGCCGGGGAAAAACACAGAUCCAGGGACACGUACACAGCCAGGGACACACACACAGCCAGGCACAAACACAGAGCCAGGGACACGCACACAGCCAGGCACACACACACAGCUAGGGACACACACACAGCCAGGGACACACGCACAGCCAGGCACUCGCGUCCCAGCACACACAAGCACGGACGGACACACACCCGCACACACACUCACAUCCCAGCUCACACUCACUCACAGAUCCCAGCUCACACUCGCACAUCCCAGCACACACAGACGCGCAGGGACGGACGGACGGACGGACGGACACACAGCCGCACUCACCCCCGCACAUAAGCAGCACACACGCACAGGCAGCCCGCACGCUGGCUCCCGCUCCGCCGCUCCGCGCCCGGGGGGAAGAUGAGCUCGGGGGACGUGGUUUGCACUGGAUGGCUCAUCAAAUCACCCCCCGAGAAGAAACUCAAGAGAUACGCGUGGCGCAAGCGCUGGUUCGUGCUGCGCAGGGGCCGCAUGAGCGGCAACCCCGACGUGCUGGAGUACUACAGGAGCAGCCACGCCAGGAAACCCAUCCGCACCAUCGACCUCAACGAGUGCGAGGUGCUCAGGCACUCGGGGCCCAGCUUCAUCCGCAAGGAGUUCCAGAACAACUUCGUCUUCAUCGUCAGGACCACCUACCGCACCUUCUACCUGGUGGCCAAGACCGAGGAGGAGAUGCAGGUGUGGGUGCACAACAUCAGCCAGAUCUGUAACUUUGGACACCUGGAGGAUGGCACAGGUUCUGUGGAGAGCCUGUCCCACACCACGUCGUCCCCUCAGCCGUCCCCGGCCGCGCUCCCGCACGGCGCCCGCCUGGCCGAGCCCGCGCUGGGCGAGGAGCCCGCCGCCGCCGAGGAGACGCGCAGCGAGGCCGAGGCCGUGUUCCUCCCCGACUACCUCUUCCUGGCCAACUGCGAGUCGGGCAAGCUCAGCCACACCAGGUGUGACAGCUGGUCCAACUCAGACAGAUCUCUGGAGCAGACCUCCUCGGACGAUGUUUUUGUUGACUCCCUGCAGUCGCAGCCCUCCCUGUACCUCGUGCAGCCGGCCAGCGCCGGCCCCGCGGCGGCGAAUCCCGGCCUGGCGUCCAGGAGCACAGACCUCAGCAGGCCAUCCAGCGACUUCUCCUCCUCCUCCCCGCUGCUGGGGACGCCGCUGACGCCGACGUUCCAGCGGGAGCAGGGCCAGCAGGCGCUGCCCGCGGGCGUCACGCCGCUGGACGUGCUGUCCAACACGCCCCCGCCGCGCCCGCCCAAGCCCACGCACUUCUCGGACAGGAGGGGGGACGAGCUGGGCAGCGGGGCCCUGCACAACGGGCACGCGGCCCUCUGCAGGGCACAGGCCACGCUGGUGCCCAGGAGGAUCUCCUUGUCCAGCCUGGACAACGUGAGGAACUGGAAAGCAGACAUGGAAGGCAGUUCCCUAAGAAGUCGAGAUAAGAGGCUUAGCUUGAAUUUGCCGUGCCGCUUCUCCCCGCUGUGCGCGGCCGCGGACGGCGCCGACGACAGCUACGUGCCCAUGCGGCCCAGCACCUCCCCGUCCGAGUGCUCCCCCGACGGAUACAUCCCCAUGAGCCCUGCCUCGGCCACCUUCACCUUCCCCGUGGUCAGCACCGAGAAGCUCACCAGCCCGCUGCCCGAGCUGCCCUCCGACGUGGAGCCCCCGCCCGUCAACCGCGACCUCAAGCCACGGAGGAAGUCACGACCACCCCCUCUGGACUUGAGGAACCUCUCCACAAUCCGGGAGCACGCUGCCGUGACCAGGAUGUGGACUGUGCCUUACAAUCGAAUGAGCUUUAUCUCACCAGAAAGAGACGGUAUUAAUUCAGCAAGAAUAUUUGCCAACUCAGUUUCCGGGGAAGAGGAAGAAAGUUACAUUCAUAUGGAACACAGACAGGCCACAUCUCCAUACAGUGGUGCUUUUCCAUGGACAAGGAAAUCUAACCUUGAUUACUUAGCACUGGAUUUUAACUCUGCUUCCCCAUCCCCUGUGCAGAAGAAACCUUUUCUGUCUGAGGAACAGAGAGUGGACUAUGUCCAGGUAGAUGAACAGAAGACUCAAGCUUUACAGAACACUAAGCAGGAAUGGACAGAUGAAAGACAAUCAAAAGUGUAAAGAAGAUUUGGGAUCUGGAGGGAUUUUUUUUUGCACUGGAACCACAACGUUAAUGGAGCAGCUAUCACAGUAGAGCUCACAGGCAGAGAGCUGUAAGAUGCUUACAGUCUGUAGAGGCCUUUUUCCUGGAAACCUUUGAUUUCAGCUGGAAGAAGUGUGAGUGAGUGGUUCACUGAUGACUAAAGUGAUGCAUUAGCCUUUUACUGCCCUUACCACUAUGUACAUGGUACCAUUUUCUGGCAUGAUUCUGCAACGAGUCAUACACUUAACGUUAACAAAUCCACUACAACUUGUAUUAAUCUAGUUCGUCCUGCCUUCUCCUUCUGUUGCAUAAUUCCUAGUUGCUAAAGCUAUUUUUUGAUAUUCCUACAAAUGCUGCAGGUGCUUGGAGUGCUUUUAUGGCAGCAGGCAUCUGACAGGUUUUGGUGACUAAUCAACUAAGGGCUAAAAUACUGAAACAAUAAAAAAGAACUUUUUGAAUAUAUAGUGCUUAAGCAAAGAGAAUUUUGAAAAAUAUUUUUCCCCUGGGUUUCCAAGUUCUGGCUGUGAGCUGAUGCUGUCAGAACUCAGAACAGGACUACAUAUCCAUGCAACUGGAAUGCAUGGUCUCUGACCUCUGGGUGAAGGUCAGUUUGUUAAGCUUCUUCCCCCCAUUGUGGCUCGUACCUGUCACUUUUCUCUCUGAUUCCUGCUGAUGUUCUCUCCCCUGUCUUGGGAAGUGUCUUUGGCACAGCACAGCUGCUCUUCUCAUAGGAGGCUGCGGCCACACAGCUCUUGGCUGGCCAAAAGAUAGAAAGGGAAGCUGUGAGCCUGUUUUUGCAAGCCUUGAGAGAACUGGCAAAGGAUCAAGACUGCUUUCAUCUGAACAGGAGAAGAAAUGCCAUUGGAAUCGCUGGUAGCAGUCGUCAGUCUGAUUGUUUCACUAGACACACCCCAAAAUAAAGAAGCAUUAGGAAGUGCAGCGUGCUCUGAGCCUGCCAAAACAGGACAACAAUGCUCACGCAGCAUGGGGACCUCUGGGCUCAGGAAGCUUAUCUACCUUGGGGCUUGUUACCGGCGCUAUCUCAGGAUAACACACGUGUACAGUUUAUAAAAUAUUUAACUUGAAACGCUUGGCUGCCGUCUUUAUUUUACAGAGCCACACAGCCACUCAAAGCUAAGUAGGCAGUGAUGCUGAGUGACCCACACUGGGUUUGGUCUCACAGGCUUUGCCCCUGUGGAUGAUGGGUCCCAGUAGCCAUAAGAGGUCUGACCCUGUCGACACGGACAGACAGACAGGACCCUCACAAAAGAUCUCUUCUCUGACAGUGCCAACUCUCCGGCCUCCCUCUGUGUGCCUGUUGAUACCGCGUGGCAUUGCUGUAACCCGACAUCCUAAAAAUUCUGAUCUACCAAACAGAGCUCAUGGAAAUGUCACUGCAGAAACCAUUUCAAGGCCUUUCCAGGCUCCUGCUGAACCUCCUCCCUGCACCCUGUGUGUCCCCAUCCUUCAGGCACUCCGGGAGCCCGUGUCCCACAUCCCACGGGAGGCAGCACAGCUAACAGAAACACAGUUUUUCCUCCUACCUCAAGAGAGCUGAAGGGCUGCAAGUCUCACUGCUUUUUUAGCCCAGCCCCUGGGGAUCUGUGGUGACCAGGAUCUCCCUGGGUUACCCUGCAGAAGGUUCACCAGCACCUUCACUGACUGGGGCAAACUGGGCGCCCGUGGGCAUGAGUGUCCCAGACUGGAGCUGCUGGAACACCAGGGUUAGUCCUGCAGGGUUAGUCCUGACCUGCUGCUCCCUCUUCUCUCUCCUCCCCCUCCCCACCAAAGCUCUCAAACGGAAGUUGAUGUUCAUAAAAAUUCUGAAAAUAAUUCCAGUUUUUCCAUGUGUAUACCUUGUCUGUGUGGUGUGAAAUGCAGUUUGUUAAAAGCCAGCUGUUCUGUCCUCUAGCUGAUUUAGCAGAGCUGUGAGCACCCGUGCCCUGGGAGUGACACUGUGACAGGGGCAGGGCAUUCGGGGGGAGGCACUGGAGGUCUGGACCUGCACAGAGGUGUCAGAGAGAGGGAGGCAGGGAAGGGCUGUGGAUGCUGAGACCUUUGCCUGUCUGCUCUAAAGAACUGCCUUCUUUCAAAGUGUGCAAAUAGCAGGUGUUGCUGGAAGCUCUUGGUAUGCACUGAUGUACUGAAAGGGUUAAAAACCAGCUAAAAGGUGUUUUAAAUUACAGACAGCUCCACAGAGGGUGAGAGAAGCUAUGUUCUGCUACUGCAGAUCCCGGAUUGUGGAGUGAUGGCAGGGCAGCCUCUGAUGUGGAUCAGAGCCACAUUCAGAUCAGCUCGUGUUUGACUGGAGUGUUCCCUUCACGCUGUCAGAAAAUCCUCUGAAGUGGAAAAACACCAAGUUAUUGGUGACAACUGACUCGCUUCUUAUUCUAGUUUAUUGUAAAAACAUUUAAACUUCAGCACACCUGGCUAACAGAUCAUUCAGAAGUUUAAAGGAAGAGCUGUAUCUGGAUUUUUACUGCCCUAAAAGGACAUAAGCAUUUCGCUUGACUGGGACUGUCCUUAGAUCAGAAUGGCCCCUUUCAACUUCCUGUGUCCCCUGCUUGCCCUCACAACACUCUUAUCUUGAUCAAAUGCUGCUGGCUGGUUUCUAACUUUCACUUUUAACUAAGAGCUAAGUUUGAGGGUUUAUUGCAAUUUUUCAUGUAAUGUCUGUUUCUACUGGCUGCUCCAGGGCCUGUGACUUACAUUCUUGUGCAAGUGCCAUACAUGAAACAGGAGCAAUCAAAAAAUACUGGGGAAAAAAUUAAAAGCAAAACAGUCCUUCACAAAGGCUUUUUUUUUUUCCGUUCAUUUUGGUCAAAUUCCACAAUCUUUGAAAGAGGGUAAAGAGGAGGAGGAUGGUGGGAGGAUGGCAAAGGCCAAAUCUGCUGUGGUCACCUCACCACUGAGGAUUUGAAGGGAGCUGCAGCAGCCACGACUGACAACCCUGUGGGCCAGCACCCACAGAGCCAGCUGGUGGAGUGGAGGAGUGUUACAGAGCAAAAAGGAGGGACUGCUUAGUCAAGCCUGUUCUUAAAUCCUAACCCCUUGGCCAAGGAGGAGAGAAAACCUGAAAACUCAGUCAGCUUUUGGCAGUGUCGUGUCUGAAAAUGCAGCCAGGCCUUGGUUAGUACUGGCUCUGGGGCCAGCCAGGCACACUCCUGAUGGUGUCUCUUGUUUUGCCAUGGGGUAUUUGCAUGUGUUUUCUUCAAAAGUGUGGUGAGAGCUGAUGCAGAGGGAGGCUCUGCACCUAAAUGAGCCCAGAGUGGCCAGUGGUCCCUUGGCAACCUCUGCUGAGGGAAUUGGCAGUGCCCAGCCCAGGUACUGUAGUGCCUUCUCCAGCACUGCUGUUCAACGAGCAGAACAGUUGUGGUUUAAUUGGAAAUGUCACCCUGUGGAGCUGCAGGAUGAGGUGGAAAACAGCCAAGCUCAGUGGUUUGUGUGCUGUGGUUAUUGUUGGGGCCAUCAGCUGGUUCCCCCCACUGAUGUGUUCAGCAUGGCCUUACUCUCUCCUUCAGUGACCCCAAGGCCUGGCAGGUCCACAGCUCAUUUGCUUUUUGGACUAAAGUACAUUUUACAUUCACCAUUCCUUUAUGACAGGAGGCAGCAUUAAUUUCCUUGCUGGCAGAAAUGGACACUCAGCCUGAGAAAUGCCAGCAGCCGUGCAAGUGGAGCUGUUUUCAGCUUUGCUUUUUCAUUGUCACUGAACUGCAUCCUAGAUGUAGAUUUUGGAGUUGCUCUCACCUGCAGGGAUUCAGAAGUUUAGGAACUCAAAGACCAUCAGAUGCUGUGAUGAGAAUGAAGCACAGGGCAAUGCCUUCCCUUGUCCCCCUGUUCUGCAAAACUUGCUCAGGUUUAAAAAGAAUAAAAGCCACCAAAAUAGCAGACAUUUGCCAUGUCAAAGCCAGGAUAUUUUUUUGUUUUCAAACAAAAACGAACUUUUUCUUGUGCAAAUGAAGCAUUAUACUUUUUUUUGUAUUUGUAAAUCUGUGGGGAAGCAUUAAACAGUCAUCUCUGUUAUGAAGGGACAAGUCGUUGCUAGAGGCAAGGGGCUCACCUUCCUCGUGUUUCAUUGUAAUGUUUGGUGUAUAUAUUUGCACAUUAAACUGUAUCUUUUUUCUAAUAAAUUAAUAUAAAAGGUA